GAUCCAAACUUGCGGGAUACGGCAGGAGUACGCCCAAUGGAGGUUGCUGUGUCGAGAGGUCGAGUGGAAGUGGUUUCUGUGUUGCUUGAGGCAGGCUGUGACAAAGAAGAUGUUGACAACCAGGGCCGCACAGCCCUGAUAAUUGCUGCACACCGGCAGAAUCCGGAAAUUGUGCGUGCUCUGCUGGGAGCUGGUUGCAACAUGAACCAUGCCGACAACAACGGGCUGACACCUCUGCGAAUGGCAUGUGCAAGAACCGUCGAUGACGUGCAAGUGGUAGAGGUGCUGCUGCAGGCUCGAUGCGAUGCUGACUUGCCGGAUAAACUUGGCCAGACAGCUCUCAUGGUUGCAGCGGUGGACAACAACGUGCAGUUAGUUCGAAUGCUGCUCGAAGCUGGAUGUGACAAGGACCAUUCAGACUUCUCAGGGCAGACAGCUCUCAUGCUGGCAUCUGGAGCCGGUAGAGCAGAAGCUGUGCGUCGGCUUCUGGCAGCCAAGUGCGACAAGAACGCAAGCGACAGUAACGGUCAAACGGCGCUCUCCAUGGCAUCGCAAGGGACUCCUAACAAGGAGAUCGAGAGCAUCGCUUACCGCAUCUGGAGGCUGCCGAAGGCUCCACUGCCAUCUGCAGCGUGCUUUGCGCAGGUGAAGCAACUGCUGAACACUUUCUGA